CUGGCCGAGGGCCGCCAGCUGCCAGAAUGGACAUGGCGGCCGGACGCACCGGAGUUAUGCUGGCUGCCCUUGGUGUGCUUAUUGUCUGUGUGGCCAAUGGCUCUGGGCCUGUGGCUGAAGGAGAGACGAGCGGGGAGGUGGAGUGGGUGGAACCAUGGGACGGCUCUGUUUUCCGGCCGCCCUCGGCCCUGGGCGCGGUGGGGGUGGCGCACAGAACCGGGAGCCCGCACCUGGGAAGGCAGGAGACAGCGGACUUGCCGGUGCUGCUCUGGUGGAGCCCUGGACUAUUUCCCCACUUUUCAGGCGACUCGGAGCGCAUCGAGUGCGCGCGCGGCGCGUGCGUGGCGUCCCGCGACCGACGAAAGCGGGGGAACACGCAGACGCGUGCGCUGCUCUUCUACGGCACCGACUUCCGCGCGUCUGACGCGCCGCUGCCGCGCCUGGCACACCAGAGCUGGGCGCUUUUACACGAGGAGUCGCCCCUCAACAACUUCUUGCUGAGCCACGGCCCGGGCAUCCGCCUCUUCAAUCUUACCGCCACCUUCAGCCGUCACUCGGACUACCCCCUACCACUGCAGUGGCUGCCCGGGACCUCCUAUCUGCGCCGCGCGGCGCCUCCUCUCCAGGAGCGUGCGGAGUGGCGCCGUCGCGGCUACGCACCACUGCUCUAUCUGCAAUCCCACUGCGAUGUGCCGGCGGACCGGGACCGCUACGUGCGCGAGCUCAUGCGCUACAUCCCGGUGGACUCCUACGGCAAAUGCCUGCAAAAUCGGGAGCUGCCCACCGCGCGGUUUCAGGACACGGCCACAGCCACCACUGAGGACCCAGAGCUCUUGGCUUUCUUGUCCCGCUAUAAGUUCCACUUGGCCCUCGAAAAUGCCAUCUGCAACGACUACAUGACAGAAAAACUGUGGCGCCCGAUGCAUCUGGGUGCUGUUCCGGUGUACCGCGGCUCUCCUUCUGUGAGGGACUGGAUGCCGAACAACCACUCCAUCAUCCUUAUUGACGACUUUGAGUCCCCUCAGAAGCUGGCAGAAUUUAUUGACUUUCUGGAUAAGAAUGAUGAGGAAUAUAUGAAAUACUUGGCAUAUAAGCAACCUGGGGGCAUCACCAACCAGUUCCUUCUGGAUAGCUUGAAGCAACGGGAAUGGGGAGUGAAUGAUCCUCUACUGCCUAACUACCUGAACGGCUUCGAGUGCUUCGUUUGUGACCACGAACUGACUCGGCUGGACGCCGUGAAAGCCCAUGAACACUCUCCUGGGGACAUCCCUGUCCCUGAGCCUCACAUUGCCCAACCCGCUCACAUGGACUGCCCAAUGCCCAAACCUGGCUUUGGUAACUUGGAAGAGAUUCCUGAGAAUGACAGCUGGAAGGAGAUGUGGCUGCAGGAUUAUUGGCAAGGUCUGGACCAGGGAGAAGCUCUCACUGCCAUGAUCCACAACAAUGAAACUCAGAAGAGUAAAUUUUGGGAUUACCUGCAUGAGAUCUUCAUGAAAAGGAACCAAAAUCUCUAACUGCCCUUGUAAGAGCUUUUUACUUGGAAGAUCUAAGGAGAUCUUAUUUUAUCAUGGCAUACUUUCUUUUUUCAGUGACAAGGGCUUACUGCAUUGCCCAGGUUGGCCUUGAAUUCCUCCUGCCUCAGCCUCCCAUUUAGCUGAGACUAGAGGCACAUGCCAUUGUGCCCAGACAAACAUUCUCUUAUCAUGGAUUUAGUUAUCUUAAUGGUGUGUGACCAAGGUCUCAACAUGUGGUAAUAGGUCUCCAGGAGAGAUGGAGGCAUCUAGUUCUUGGUUCAUUGGGAAACAGAAGCCUAAAACACCCAUUUGACACAAGGUGCUGGCCCAAAAGAGUUUUUAAAGGACUGUUCACUUCUCUAGCUCUUUCAUCCUCUCAAUUUUGAGGUAAGAUGGGCCAGGUUACUUCUUAAAAUUUCUGUUCUAUUUCCCAAACUCUUCCWUAUUCUGUACCUUUCCCAAUAAUCUCUUUUCCUCAUCUCUUGCUUUAUGAAUUGUUAAGCUGGUAGGGAAGCAAAGCUUCUGGUGUGUUUUAUUCUGGUUUUCUGAGGAAGUUUUUGUUUUGUUUUGGUUGAGUCAGGAUCUCAUUCUGUUGCCUGAGCUGGUCUCAAGUAAACCUCUUAUCUCAGCCUACAAGUAGCUGGGACUACAGGUGCACACCACUGUGUCCAACUCUUGGGGCCAUAUUUUUCAUAUUGUUACAUUACUUUUCACAUCAGAUAGUUUAUUUUAAAUGGCCUUUUUCUAGUUUUAGGUUCUUUCCCACAAUUUCAGAUGGAGAUACAUAAACCUUGCCAUCACUUUUUUACUGCUGAUUUGUUUUUAGGGUACAUCUGGAAUUCUAUUUCAUUUCAUGAAAAGAUUUAGUAGCUGAUACAUGCAGUGUCAAUAAUGUACUGCUCUGAUCUAUUUUAGAUCAAAGAUGGAGACUAAAGUUGGAAAUUAUGGCAGAAAAAGUUGAAUAGCCCAACUUCAUUCAAUCUAUUACUGAUAUCCUUCCAUACAGCUUUGUGGACAGAGAAUUACUGUUUGAUGGAGCGCACCCAAAGCCCUAAACUCAGAGAUGAAGAGGCAAGGCAAGAAAUUUAAGCCAUCACAAGUGGCUGGCUAAAUAAAAACCUUAAAUUUAGGGAUGCAGCCAAGCCCUUCUAUUCCUGUGGCUCAAACAGAUAGUCUAGUGAGUAAGGAGACCAUGAGCUUUCCCUGGAGUAGUGGAACAAAAAAGAAUAUUUUGGAUAUUAGAGCAACUCUGGUUGUAAUAUAUUAACAAAUUACCACUGGACAAGUUCUGUAGCUUAUCACUAUAUCUGAUUAUAAAAUUAUAUCUAUCCAUAUCUAUAUGUAGAUAGGAAGAUAUAUAUGCAUGUUAGAUGCUUCAACAACUAGGUCCCUGUUUAACACUGUAGCAUCUGUGGAUAUGAUCAAGAAAAACUAUAAUUUAGGCUGUAUUUCAUUGCCAAGGUUUUUUUUUUUUUUUUUUUUUUUUUUAAAUGGUGCUGAGGAUUGAAUCCAAGGCUGCGAACAUGCUAAUAAGCAUGAGUUCUGCCUCUAAGCUACACUCCAGCCCUUCAUUUUACACUUAAAAUGAUAAAAGAUGUCCUUUAUCAUAGUAGGAAAAGUUUUCUUAACGUGUUUUGUCUCUUGCAGAAAAGAACAAAAAAAGACCUUCAAAAAUAAAUCUGUUAAAAUUUGAUAUAGUUGGCACCCAUAAAAAACACACAGGACUCUGAUUUCUAAGCUUGCAAUCUGUUUCAGUGCAGAUGCUGAUUCACAUUGCAAAAUACAUAUUGCACAAGUACAAACUUAGGUUAGAACUCAGAUUGCAUUCUGUGCAAUAAAAAGGGUAAGUGAUGGUUAUGCAAGAAGUAGAAUAAUCCCUCCCUCUCCUAACUGCCAGUUCACAUUAGCAUUCCUUUAGCACUUUUAUACACAAAGUAGGCCAUUUGUUUUUGAAUGAUUUGCUGAAGACUCAGGCCUGCUUUGUGCUCAGGUCUUCCCAGACUUUCUUCCCUAUUCCUUUUAACCAUGUAAGUAAUCACAAAAAACAGGGUAAAUCAGGUGCUAUGUUUCUAUAUGGGAAAAACAAAAACAAAAAACUACUAGGAAUGGCACCCUGGUACUUAUCAAUUAAAAGUUUCACUUUCCCUAUGGAGAAAGCAAGCAAUGUUAAUUUUUUUGUGGUUUGGGGCCCAGCUUGCUAUGUAUACAGCAGCAGUAUAUUUGCUGCAGGCUGUGCUUACUGAUGGUAGAAGUGCCUGGUAGGAAUCUUUGUUAUUUACACUGUGCUCUACUGUGGGGGUAGAGCACAAGGUUAAUGUCUUUAUUCCUGCAAGUGUUGCUAUUUUUAUUA